AUGUCGAAGGUAGGAAUUUGUAGGAGCGAGAAGGGAGAGUGCCUGCCUCUGCUGCUUCCCGGUGACCUGACCGAUGAGGUGACUGUGGAGAAGGUGGUUGAAGAAACGCUGAAUCACUAUGGACGGUUGGAUGUACUUGUAAACAGUGCAGGAAUACUGCACAUGGGGACUAUUGAAACCACAAGCAUGGAACACUUUGACCAAGUUAUGAAUGUUAAUGUCAGGUCUGUCUACAAUCUCACACGCCUGGCUGUGCCCCAUCUCAUCCAGAGCCAGGGCUCCAUUGUCAAUGUGUCCAGUGUCAAUGGCCAGCGAUCGUUCCCUGGAGUUGUGGCCUACUGCAUGUCAAAAUCAGCCCUGGACCAGUUCACACGGUGUUUGGCCCUCGAUCUGGCUCCCAAAAAGGUUCGAGUGAAUGCUGUGUGCCCUGGAGUGAUUGUGACGGACAUCCAUAAGCGAGCUGGCCUGAGUGAGGGCGAUUACGCUGAGUUCCUGAAUAAAUGCAAGGUGACCCAUGCCUUGGGGCGUCCUGGACAGGUGGAUGAAGUGGCUCAAGCCAUUGCCUUCCUGGCCUCCGACGCAGCUUCCUUCAUCACUGGAGUCACACUGCCAGUGGAUGGUGGGCGCCAUGCCAUGUGCCCACGGUGACUGGAUACACUCCUACAUGUGCCAGGCAAGGGUCCCAAAGAGCGAUGUUUAUAGCGUGGUCACCUUGUCAUUGCCAGUGUUCCCAGCAGCCACUGUGCUUUGAAACACCAUCACUGAUGAGGAAAUGGCUGUGUGACGUUUCUGAACGGGUUUCCGGGGAAACUACAAGGUAACGGAUCAAAGUGCAUUGAAAUUGGAUGCAUUUCCACUCCACUCAGUUUCUUCAAUUUGAAUAAAAUCUAUGUUCCUUUUGUCUCUGAAA